GGUUCAAUAAAUACAACUUCCACUUUUCAAACUGAUUCUGCGUCUCGUACAUUUUCGUCAUCUUCUUCAGAUGGUUGUGACCAUUUCAAAGUGUGUGUGUGUGAGAGUGUGAGUUGGAGGUAGAAGUGUUAACCGUACUUGUGCACUGAAGCAGAGUUUUGACUCUGUGACUUCCUGUCUCAACAACACCCCACAAAAAGGAAACCAAGACCCACCAGAGUUCAUGUUGAGAAAUCGACAGCACAAUUGCGGACUGAUCAGCUGUCGCACCGUUGAGAUACGAUCCUGCGACUGAGGUGAAAGGUUGCCGCUUGAAUGAACCGGGAUUAGACAGAUCUUUCUCCAUGUCCGCAGUGGCUCCCACCGGUCUAACCAGUCUCUCUGCGCCGGCUCUGGUCCAGUUCCAGCUCGGCCUGUUCAGGGAGGAGGUUCGAGUCCCUGCCAGCAACCUGAGCUACCGCCAUGCCAAGAGGCUGGCUGCGGAGAUCAUAGAGCGCAAGGCUCCAGACUGCAGCGUGGUGGGCGUCGGGGAGAAGAUUCUGCUGUUCAGACAUCAGCCCGCCUCAGAGGAGCUGCUUCGACGCCUGACGGACCAGGACGAGCUGCAGCAUGGAGACCUCAUCGAGGUCAUCAUCGCAGAAUCAGCGUCAGUGACCGAGAUGAGGAUCCGUCCACACUCCCUGGUGGUCCAGUCGUACCGGACUCCCACUUUCUGUCACCACUGUGGAGAAAUGUUGUGGGGCCUCGUUCGACAGGGGCUGAAAUGUGAUGGUUGUGGAUUAGACUUUCAUAAGCGUUGUGCUUUCCAGCUGCCCAAUAACUGCAGCCGAGCACGGCGUCAGGUCAGCACCAGCCUCUCGCUGUUUCCUCCACGGCGACCUCGCACACACUCGCUGUCCAAUCAGGCGGGAGGCAGUCUGGAAGAGAUCAGCAUGUCCAAGCCCUCGUCCAGACCUCCGUCCUGGGCAGAGGCUCCGGUCUGGCUUGGGAUCGGGUACGGUGACAAGCGCACGGCGCAGGUCCCUCACACCUUCCACAUCCACAGCUACACCAAACCCACUGUCUGCCAGUACUGCCACCGGCUGCUCAAAGGACUCUUCAGACAGGGGCUGCAGUGCUCAGACUGCAGGUUUAACUGCCAUCAGCGCUGUGAGCUGUUGGUCCCCAGAGACUGUCCAGGAGAGAAGAGAGGCGUCAACGGGGAAGAAUCCACAGCAGUGGCUCACAGCGGCCCGCUGGACCCAGAGGACGAUGAUUCAGAGCUCACCAUUAUGAGAACACUAGAAGUCUCUGACGAUGAGAUGUCCACUGACGGAGACGCGAUGAUGGAGACGAAGACCAAGGACGCCGAGCAACCGCGAGAGCCAAUGAGUCCGUGUUUCAGCAGCAACAUCCCUCUGAUGAGGCUCGUCCAGACGGUGCAUCACACUAAGAGGAGAGCCGGCGGAGUCCUGAGAGAGGGAUGGCUGCUGUAUCACACCAACACUGACACACUGCGGAAACGUCAUUACUGGCUCUUGGACUGGAAGAGUAUCACUCUGUUCCAGAACGAGAGCAGCACCAAGUACUACAAGGAGAUCGCUCUGUCCGAGGUCCUGCAGGUCCGAGGCCCCGGCCAGCUCUCCGUGGCCCCGUUGGCGGGCGGCAGCGCUCACUCCUUCGAGGUGGUGACGUCCUCGCUGGUGUACUGCGUGGUGGCCGGAGAGAACGGGCCGGCGUGGGAGAGCGCCAUCCGUCAGGCUCUGAUGCCCGUCCAGAGCAGCGGAGGAGGACGCGGCGAGGAGAACGAGGACAAAGACUCGCACAGAGACAGCGUGGACAUCAGCUCGGUGUAUCAGAUCUUCACAGACGAGGUUUUGGGCUCGGGACAGUUUGGAGUCGUGUACAAAGGUACUCACAGAAAAUCAGGUCGUCCGGCCGCGAUCAAAGUCAUCGACAAGGCGCGCUUCCCGACCAAAGAGAGACAGCUGAGGAACGAAGUGGCCAUCCUGCAGAGUCUGUCCCACCACGGUGUGGUCCUGUUGGAGGGGAUGUUCGAGACGGUGGAGCACAUCUUUGUCGUCAUGGAGAAGCUCCACGGCGACAUGCUGGAGAUGAUAAUGUCCAGCGAGAUAGGCCGACUCCCCGAACGCAACAGCCGCUUCCUGGUCACACAGAUCCUCGAGGCUCUGCGGUAUCUCCACUUCAAACACAUCGCCCACUGUGACCUGAAACCUGAGAACGUGCUGCUGGCCUCUGCGGACCCUUUCCCUCAGGUGAAGCUGUGCGACUUCGGCUUCGCGCGGAUCAUCGGCGAGAAGUCUUUCCGUCGCUCCGUCGUGGGCACGCCCGCCUACCUGGCGCCGGAGGUCAUCAACAGCAGCGGCUACAACCGCUCUCUGGACAUGUGGUCGGUGGGCGUCAUCAUGUACGUGAGCCUGAGCGGCACGUUCCCCUACAACGAGGACGAGGACAUCAAGCAGCAGAUCACCAACGCUGCGUUCAUGUACCCGAGACAACCCUGGGCCUCCAUCUCACUGGAGGCCGUGAGUCUCAUCAACAACCUGCUGCAGGUGUCGGUCAGACGGAGGUUCAGCGUGGGCAAAGCUCUGGGACACCCGUGGCUGCAGAACUUCCAGCUGUGGUGCGACCUCCGGGAGUUCGAGCAGAGGUUGGGCUCCCGUUAUCUGACGCACCAGGGGGACGACCAGCGCUGGAUACGCUACACCCAGGAGAGAGGCCUGAGCUUCCCGUCGCACCUGUGCUGGGACCCGGACAACGACCCCGACAUGUGACCUUAAAGGUCGGACAGUUUGUCGUCUGUACAGCUGAGAUAAAGGAGUUAUCUUUAUUAAUCCACAGAACAAUUAUUAAUACUUGUAGAUCUAAUAAAUUUAAAAAAACACAGACACCUGUUAGUAAUAUAAUUUUCCUUUUUUAUUCCAAGUUGUGGUUUUUAAAAUUUAACUGUGUGAGUUUUCGUGAUGGCAUCGUGAUGAUGGACAGCAUGAAUGUAGGAGGAGGAGAACGGAGCGCAGAUCAAAGUUUGGGGGAAAAAAAAAAAA